ACGUUCGUCUUCCGCGACGAGGACCACACGCUCGGCAACGCCCUGCGCCACGUGCUCAUGCGGCAGCGCGACACGGACUUCGCGGGCUACUCGGUGCCUCACCCGAGCGAGCCGCUCAUGAACGUGCGGCUGCAGACGACGGGCCGCCCGGCGCUCGCGGUCAUGGACGACGGCCUCGCGCAGCUCUCGUCCAUCUGCGACUCGCUGACGGGCCAGCUCGAG